CUUUUAUUGUUGCUAGAAAAAUUUUCGGGAAUUGUAUUGAUUAAUACGAGUCAAUAUAGCGUUGCUGCGCUAUUAUACAUUCAGCCACUCGCAGCCUGAGCCUGCUGGCCCCAGACCUCAGAAAAAAAUGGCAAAAGAACCGACACUCUCUUUGCUAAUUACCCUCUCUACUGCACUCUUCUUCUUCCUCCCAGCGCAGGCAGCACUUUCUUCUAACUUCCUUCGAAAAGUCCCCCGCUUUCUCGGGAAAUCCUCGCGCUCCCACUAUGCCGGAGCUCCCACUUACCAGUACGAAACCCGUUACUUCGACCAGGAUCUCGAUCACUUCGGAUUCUCGGACCUCCCCAAGUUCCGGCAACGCUACCUCAUCAACACCGAACAUUGGGCUGGGCCCUCUGCGAUGGGCCCGAUAUUUCUCUACUGCGGCAACGAAGGGGAUAUUGAAUGGUUCGCUGCCAACACCGGCUUCCUGUGGGAGCUCGCUCCCCGUUUCCAUGCCAUGGUCAUCUUCCCUGAGCAUAGGUAUUAUGGAGAGUCGAUGCCUUACGGAAGUAGGGAGGAAGCAUACAAAAAUGCAAGUACACUAGCACAGUUAACAGCUGAGCAGGCUCUUGCUGAUUUCGCUGUAUUAAUCACCGAGUUGAAAAUAAAUCUGUCUGCCCAGGCUUGUCCUGUGGUUCUGUUUGGUGGAUCAUAUGGGGGAAUGUUGGCGGCUUGGAUGCGGCUGAAAUAUCCUCACAUUGCCAUUGGGGCGCUUGCUUCGUCAGCACCUGUUCUACAAUUUGAGGAUAUUGUGCCUCAUGAGACGUUCUACAAUAUUGUUUCUGACGAUUUUAGACGUGAGGGGAGUCUGAACUGCUUUACUACUAUAAAGGAUUCUUGGGAUGUAAUAGAAUCUGAGGGUCGGAAAAAUGAUGGACUUUCAUAUCUAACUGAAACCUUUGGUUUUUGCAAGAAACUCGAGAGUGUUGAUGAUCUCUUUAACUGGUUGUCUUCAGCUUAUAGUUAUUUGGCAAUGGGAGAUUACCCUUACCCUGCUGACUUUCUAAUGCCAAUGCCUGGAAACCCGAUAAAGGAGGUUUGUAAGAAGAUUGACAACAGUCCUUAUGGGACAAGCAUCUUACAGCGCAUAUUUCAAGGAGUUAGUAUUUAUUACAAUUACACUGGAACAGUUGAAUGUUUUGAUCUGGAGGAUGAUCCUCAUGGUAUGAGUGGGUGGAAUUGGCAGGCAUGCACUGAGAUGGUCAUGCCAAUGUCCAGCAGUAAAGAAUAUAGCAUGUUUCCGGCAUAUGAUUAUAAUUAUACUUCCGAUGAAAAGUGGUGUUUGGAGAAUUAUAAUGUCAAGCCCAGGCCUACAUGGAUAAGUACGGAAUUUGGCGGACAUGGAUUUAAGGAUGCCCUGAAAGAAUUCGGAAGUAAUAUCAUAUUCUCAAAUGGGUUAUUGGACCCAUGGAGUGGCGGCAGUGUGUUGGAGGAUAUAUCGGAAACUAUCGUGUCUCUUGUGACAGAAAAAGGUGCCCAUCAUUUAGAUCUACGCUCGUCAACGCCAGACGACCCUGAUUGGCUGAUUGAGCAGAGAGCCACUGAAAUCAAGUUGAUUCAAGACUGGUUAGAUCAAUACUUUGACAGAAGGAGAAGUGUUUUUUACACUUGAAAAGCGCUUAUGGACAACGUACUUUGUUUCCUCUAAAGAAGAAAAAUUAUUUUAUGUUUCAUGAGAUGUGUGAAAGACAUGCACGUAUGCAGUUGUGACCAUCAUUUGUUGUAAAUGUGGAGCUAAUGUUUUAUAUUUGUGUAAUAUUAUGAAAUAUGGAAUUGAAAAAAACAAAAAAAUGUUGAUUGUCCUUAGUGGAAAACUCACACAAUGAGCCUUGGAUGCUUCUUCUGCAGCAGAGGUGGAAGGUGCCUUUAAUUUUAUUUUAUUUUAUUUUCAGUUUGAAUGAGAUA